GCCGAGCCACCCGUGGAGCCGCGCGCGGCCCGGGCAGGGCCUCAGGCUCGGCAUGGAGCCCGAGAUGCAGGCGGCGGAGGAGGGGCCCAGUGCGCCCCGCAUCUACAAGCAGCGCGGCCCCUACAGCGUCCUCAAGACGUUCCCCAGCCGGCGGCCGGCGCUGGCCAAGCGCUACGACAGACCCACGCUGCUGGAGCUGCCGCCCGCGCGGCCGUCCCCGCUGCCGCCGCCGCCGCCGCCGCCCUUCGCGCCGCUCGCCGCCGUGCCCAUCAGCAGCAGCGAGCCGCCGCCGCCGCCGUUCCCGACGCAGCCGUCCUACCCGGCCGGCUCAGGCCGGGCCCCCGCCGCCGCCGCCGCCUCGUCGUCGUCGCCGUCCUGCACGCCCGCCGCGCCCCCGAGCCACCCGAGGACUCCGGCGCCGCCGCCCACGGCCCCCGCCGCCUCGUCGUCGUCGUCCUUCGCCGCCGUCGUCAGGUACGGCCCGGGCCCGGCGGUCGGCGCGGGCAGCAGCAGCGCGGGUAGCGACGGCGUCAGCCUGGAGCUCAGUGCAGAGAGCCGUAUGAUCUUGGAUGCCUUUGCCCAGCAGUGCAGUCGUGUUCUUAGUCUCUUAAAUUGUGGAGGAAAACUUCUGGACUCCAACCAUUCUCAAUCCAUGAUUUCUUGCGUCAAGCAGGAAGGCUCUAGUUAUAACGAAAGACAGGACCAGUGUCACAUUGCAAAAGGGGUCCAGAGUCAGACCUCUGACAACAUAGACAUAGAAAUGCAAUAUAUGCAAAGAAAACAGCAAACUUCUGCCUUUUUGAGAGUGUUCACUGACUCUCUCCAAAAUUACCUGCUCUCCGGGAGUUUCCCGACUCCGAACACCUCAUCAGUCAGUGAGUAUGGGCACCUGGCUGAUGUGGACCCUCUCUCAACCUCCCCGGUGCAUACAUUAGGUGGCUGGACCUCCCCAGCAACUUCUGAGUCCCAUGGUCACCCAUCCUCCUCCACGCUGCCAGAGGAGGAAGAGGAGGAGGAGGAGGAAGGCUACUGUCCUCGAUGCCAGGAGCUGGAGCAGGAGGUUAUCUCAUUGCAACAAGAAAAUGAAGAGCUCAGAAGGAAACUGGAGAGCAUCCCAGUGCCCUGCCAGACCGUCCUAGAUUACCUGAAGACAGUGCUACUGCACCAUAACCAGCUCCUGCCGCAGCCCGCCGACCAGCCCACCGAGGGAAGCAAGCAGCUGUUGAACAACUAUCCUGUCUACAUAACGAGCAAACAGUGGGAUGAGGCUGUAAAUUCUUCCAAGAAAGAUGGGAGACGGCUCCUUCGAUACCUCAUCAGAUUUGUUUUCACAACCGAUGAGCUUAAGUACUCAUGCGGCCUUGGGAAAAGGAAAAGGUCAGUGCAGUCAGGAGAGACAGGUCCCGAAAGACGCCCUCUGGAUCCAGUUAAAGUCACGUGCCUCCGAGAAUUCAUUAGGAUGCACUGUACCUCCAACCCUGAUUGGUGGAUGCCUUCGGAGGAGCAGAUAAACAAAGUGUUCAGCGAUGCUGUGGGCCACGCCCGACAGGGACGGGCAGUGGGGACUUUCCUGCACAACGGUGGCUCGUUUUAUGAAGGGAUGGAUCACCAGGCUUCCCAAGAUGAGGUCUUCAACAAGAGUUCACAGGAUGGAUCUGGGGACUAGUGAACAGAACCUUCCCACCUAGCAGUGGUGUUUUUGUGUUUUGUUUUGUUUUGUUUUGUUUUAAAAGCUCCAGUUGUGAAUGUCCAUUUCCUUGUCACCUUAGAGUCCAAAGCAUGUUAUUCUGUCGUACUUUACACACUCUCAGACUUAAAACUCUUGACCCACUGCUAUGGUUCCCAAACAGAAACCCACUUUAGGGUGUUCUGGGAAGUCUCUGGUACCCGCAGUAGGUUCGGGGUAUAUUAUAUCACAAAGGAAAAGGUACAGUUGACAUAAAGUCUUUACUAGGUCGACAUCAAGGGUGUCUCCUGUCCCAAGUCUUCAAGUCAGCCUGGCCUCCUGAGCAGAGCUGGUCUCCUGGGAAGGUUCAGUUAGUGUUCCUGCACAUGGGGGAAGGGAAGACACAGUGUUUUAAGGAACAAGCAUUUUCUCGCUUAAUUCAAGUAAGUUUUCUUUCAAUUUUCCAAAGACUUGAAUUCAGAGUUCUCAGCAGAGAAGGUAGAUGACACUGUAAGCUCCUGUAUGUCAUAAACUCUUACUGAUUAGAACAGAGAACAGAGGCCAUGUCUGUAGAUUGUCCAGGGGAGGUCAACCACGUUUCUGUUGUUUCAUAGACAAAACUCACUGUGUCCAUCAGAAAGGCAGUCUGAUUUUUGUGGUUUACAAGCAGAUUUUCUUUAUAUUUCUAGGAAACAUCCAAAGAUUCCAUACUAUUUUCAGAAGCCUUGAUGCACAGCUUCCAUAGCCUUAAGUAGUACUCUGUGGACACAGUGCCGGGGUGGUGGGUUAGAGAACUCCCACUAGCUGGCUGUUUGGUAAAAUCAAGCAUGGGGUAUGACUGAUGUACCUGCUGCAGAGGGUGUCUGGCAUUGUAGAUACAUCUUCAAGGCCAUUCUGACAACUAUGCAAUGGCUUGUCGGUGAUUUCUCUGAAACUUGAGGACCUUUCCGGGCUGGGUGAGAAUGUAUGGAACUUCAGUUUCCCAUUGUCAUGAAUGGAAACGCCUCGUUCAGCUGUGCCCCUCCUUUUUGCACAAGUCCUCUGCAGUCUAAACUCCGAGUGACUGUUCUGCUUCCCUGGUUAAUCUGUGGGAUCCAUAUGCGAGGCUGGUGGUGGCCUGGGAGCCAUUUCCUAGCAGAGGCUACAGAGGUACUAGAGUCUGCUUUUGAUAAGGACUCACCUUUAGAUACGAGUGAGUGACUUACAAAUGAGUCAAGAUUACUGUGUGCUUUGUGGAACCAAGAGCUACAGGAACAGCAGUUCUUAAAGAUUGUGAAUGACAUCCACAAACAGUGAAGCGCUUUGGAAUUGGGAUAGAAAUUAAGACUGUCCGUUUAGAACAGUUUUAUCAAAAAAUAAAUCACAUAUCCUUUAUAUUCAAUGUUUAGCAUUGAACAAAUCGGCUGGGCAGUUUAGAAAUAAAAGAAGCUGAGUAAAUGAGCUGUCACUUAAAGUGGGUGAGAGCAGUGUCCUUGGUUAUCCAAAGGAAUGGGAUAUUUCUUAUGUGUGCUCAAAGGUCUGGGAAAUCUGUCGUAGGAAAUUCCCAGUGCCAUAAAACCUUGGGAGGAGCCCUCCAUCCCCUCACUGCGCGUCCAUGUUCCCUUUGCACUGGGCUUCGGUGCCGCUUGUGCGGGGCAUGUUGGCCUUGAAACAGCAGCCAUGUUUAGCAGCUGCUUAUAAGGCUUGCAGGCUGUGUCUUUCCCCCUGUAAGUUUGAGGAGUCUGGGCAUGCCUUCUGUGCAUCAUCCUGUUGCCCGCAGUGGUGCAGGUGUUCACUAAGAGUGGUAGGAGCAUUCUGGACUCAAACUCUCAGAGCUUGCGACUCACUACAGCUGUGAGGCAGGACAGGACCCUCCAGACUGGCAGUUGCUUCCGCCGCUUAAAAGGGCGCUCAUGCUAGGCUUGCCACUGCCUUUGCUCCUGAAUCGCCUGCUCUCUGCCUCUCAUUCUCACUCAAGUGAAUGUCUGCUCUGUCAUCAGCUUCUCACAAGAGACCAGUUCUGAAACAGAGUGAUGCUGACCAGUGUGCACGUGAGGAAACUAAGGACCGCAGCGCAGACUUGCUCAGUGUCUGCAGCCAGUUUGCAUGCGUGUCCUGGUCUUAGGACCUGUAGACCUCAGCCACGGUCAAGUGUCCAUUUUCCUGCCUCUAUUUACAUGAUUGCUGUUUUCUUUAGCUUAGUGAAUUCACCGCCCGAUGCCAGCAGGCAGCCGCUUAGACCUUCAGUGCUCUGCUGGCUCUUUCAGUGUGUAUCCAUUUAAAGCUGGGUGAUACUCAGGUCGUGCUGGGCUCCUGUGUGGUCACCUGAGUGUUAAGUCAGCCUGCCGAGUCUGGCAGGGAUUCAGAGCUCACCAUUAAUCAGGCUGCCCCAUCUCUCUGCAAGUCUUUGAUUUACUGUUUGGAAGUCAGAGGAUGUUUUCUUGUCAGCUUGGUUUGAUUUUCCACAUCAUUCUGGCAGUCACAUUGCUCUCCCAACACAAAACUUAGUCCUCUGUCAACUUUUAGAAUUAUCCUGAGUCAUUUAGUGUUAGUUUGAAGUAGACUUGAGUUAAAAACAGCUCAGGAUGCAGCUGUGCAGCUUCAUUGGUGAGAAAAUGGUUGCCAGGCUGGUAUGACUAAAUGUGAUGCUUUUGUCUGUGAUUAGGUAAGUUCAGUGUCCCAACUCGCAGAAGCCCCAUGGUUAAUAGUGACGUUGGCAUGGUGUAUUCUUUUUCCAAAUUAAAAUGCCUGCUUCUCACAGUGAUUGACUCCCCAGGCACAGAUCUUGCCAAGAGGGGGAUGACCCUGGAAUGACCUGUCAGGGGAUUGGGACCAGGAGCCUACAGAGGGGAGCAGUGGUCUACAAACAUUUAAUAAGGUCACAUUUCUCACCAGUCCAUUUGUGGUUGCACUGUUCAGCCUCUCAUGGUAUCAAGAAAACUGAAGCAUUUCAAAUUGUAGCUUUUUUGCUUAAAAGUAUUUCUGCCAGGCCUUAACCCUGUUCCUCAUCCAUCACAGCAUUUGGGGAACUGUCGCCAUGCGUUUCAUAAGGCUUCCCUACAAAGGUAGCAGAGAGUAUAUGAGUGCAGGAGCACCGUCAUCUCUUGGUCAGGUGUUGAGGGAUGCAUGUCAGCAUUCGUAGCUGUAGUCAGCGGGUGGUUCAUGUGUCAUCCCUGACGCUUCAGCAGGAUGGUAAGGACACGUGAUUAUAAUUAUAUUCAACACAGCUACUCUCCAUGGCAUCAGGUUACGGUUACUAAUAGCAAUAGGAUUUUUUUUUAAUUGUUCAGUCCAGUAACAGUUCUUGAGAUAAUAGAUGUUUAUACAAAAUCUAAACAAUAACUCAAACUUAGGAAUCUGCAAGUUUAUGAUUUCUGCAUAUCCCUGCCAUUUAAUGACUUGAGCCUCUUUCUGCAACUCUGAGAACGUGGAUGGCGCUCUGCGGGAAGAUGUGCAUCAUGUGCAGAAUGAAAACAUUCAUUGCUCUCAUUUGUUUUGUUGUGGUGUAGGGGUGAAACAUUGUUCAGUAUGUGCUCUAGACUAACCCUGACACCCAUCGACUACCUCCUUAGUUUCUGUAUAGACUGGUUAUCUUUUUUGAUGACUUUUAGAAAAGAUUUUAAAUGCUGUACCAUGUCACAGUACAUGUCUAUGUUAAUAAGUGACUGCUUUCCCAUGCAGAUUUGGAGAAACAUGAUAGAAAAUGGUUUUGCAUGUACAGUAUGAGUCUUGGUGGUGUGUGUUGACUGUGGCAACACUUGCCAAAGUUGCUUGGCAAACACAUUAAGAGGGAUACUUGAGUCACAACUCUAAUGCAAAUGUGUGCGUCAUUUUGGUGUAUUUUUGUAAACACAGUGGUGGCUUUUUUCAAUCAUACAAGUACUGGAUAAAAAUAACACUUGAAACACUGGAGGAAAAUGUCACUUAGCUGACCACAAAGCUACUUGCAUUAUCAGCUGGGGCGUGUGUGUGUGUGUGUGUGUGUGUGUGUGUGUGUGUGUGUGUGUGUGUGUGUAUAAAGGAGAGGGAUGAGUUGACAUCAGCAAUGUGGAAGGCAAAAAUAACGCCCAUCACCACUUUUUUAAGGGUAAAGUUCAAUACUUUGGCUGAUGCAUUUACACAUUAGAGGCCACUUGCACUCUCCAUAGUAUAUUGCAUUUAAUGACUGGCUUUGUCAGUCUUGACUAUUGAAGGCAGUAAAUUACCAAAACUUGGCUUGUGAGCUUCCAUAACUGACUGUAAGGGCUGUGUGCCCUUAUUGAAUCACAGUUUCCCAAAUUGCAAUGAAAGUGCAUCUGCUAGUGAAAGCCUGGGUCGCUCUGAACAGCGGCCCCAGUACACUGUGCCUCAGCGUGUUGCAGAACAAUUUGAUCCCAUUGGAAAUCACUCCCGUGGCAAUAGUUGAGUGUAGCUACCUAAGUAUAACUCUUGAUUUCCUGUGUGCUAGCCGCUUUGAUAAGCACUUUAAUGUAUCCUUAUAACGCGCACAGCUGCCCUAAGCUGUCACUACCCAGGGUGCUCACUGGAGGUCACUUUGAGCUCCGUAAGCAGAAUGACCCCUUCUGUUUGCCCCAGUCAAGCAUAGUGCUCAAAGUCUGCCAACACUUUGGAGUGAACUUUUUGGUUUUUUCUGAUGCUAUCGAGGGAAAGCUGGUAUUUAUAUCAAUCACUACAUCUGCUUUGGAAGUACACAGGUGCUUAAUACAAGUAUAUGAAGCUUGGGCCUCCAGGAGUUCCUACAGGCUGGGAUGAGUCAUGGCCUGUGUGACAUCCUGUGAGGGAGACCAGAAAAUUGUGGGAAAUGGACACAUCAGAAGUCUAGUUCCCUUCUGCUUGUGUUCUAGGUUCUCUGUACAAAGAUGCAGGAACAUAAGAGAGAACUGAGUUUUGUGAUUAGAUCCUCUUGGGGAACCCCUGGUGAUAGCACUGGGUAUUGGUCAAUGUUCCCAUCUCUGUGUGGCUGGUUUUAUAGCCUCCUGGUGACACUUGAAAUUCAGUGGAACAGGAGGUUUUAACUGACAAUGUCACUGUGAGAACUGUAGAGGAGAUUAUGUAAAGAAUAUAGUGACCUGUUGAUUUUGGCCCCUGUAGUUUUAGCUUUAACAUCCUUGAGAGCAUGCCAAAGCCACGAGGGGCCCGGCUUGUGCCUCUUAGGAGCAAGCCCUGCUGGAGGCAGGCAGAGAACUCGGUCGCUGUCCAGCCUGUCCCUGCCCAGGCUAAGCCUCUGCAGAAUGGCAUGUAGCAGCUAACACUGGGGCCAGUUGCCUUUACUCUAUUUUCUAUGAUGAAUACUUGUGGAGAAACUGUGACAAAUCCAUUGAUCCUAAUAUUUUUAUUGUUGGAGUCUUGUGGCUUCUCUGAAUAAUUUCUAUUUGAUUGUACUGUGUGGAAUUCAUACACACUAGGGAUAUGUUAAUAAAGCUAAAAUGCAUAGUAUAAUAUAGAAUAGCAAAAAUUUUUGUGAACAAUUUAUAUAGAAGAGUAAGUUGUUUUUUAAGUGUUAGGCCAUUUCUUUUAGGAACUUAAAAUGUUAUAAGAGUUUUUUAAACAUUCAAUAUUUUUAAUUAUAAGAGACAUUUGUUACUAGAGCUAAUUAUUUCGGGUGUUCUAAUUGGAAUAUUGAUUUUCUUACCUCAUAUACCUCUAGAAUGCCACAUGUUCUGUUGGGGAUAAAAAUUGCACAAUAAAUGUCAAGUUAUCUGUUAA